UGAGAUAAUAAGAUAAACCUCAUCCUUCGUCCCCUCUCCCCGCCCCGCCUGUAAACCCCCUCCUCUUCCCUUUCCUCUUUGCACGAAAGCUAGAUAUGAAAAUGACGACAAUUGCAUCUUUACCAUCAUCAAUACCCACAACCUCAAAGUUGACUCUUUUAACAAACCCAUCAAAACCCACUGUCCAAAUCCUCAAGCAAACGAACCCUUUUCAUAAUUUCCCCAAGUUUACACAUUUGCAUAUAGUUCUAAAACCCAGAGUCCUAAAGAGGUCCUUUGCAGUAGCAGAAGAGACAGCACCAGUUGCUCCGCUUGACCCUUCUUCGGAGGCUGCCAGGAGGCUGUACAUUGGUAACAUUCCAAGGACUCUGGAUAACGAGGAGCUCAAAAAAAUUGUUGAAGAACAUGGUGCUGUGGAAAAAGCUGAGGUUAUGUAUGAUAAGUACUCUGGUAGGAGCCGUCGAUUUGCAUUUGUAACAAUGAAAACUGUUGAAGAUGCAAAUGCUGCAAUCGAGAAACUGAAUGGCACGGAAAUCGGAGGACGUGAGAUUAAAGUAAACAUUACAGAGAAACCUUUGCUAUCAAUUGAUCUGUCCCUUCUCCAGGUUGAGGAAUCUCAAUUCAUUGACAGUCCUCAUAAAGUUUAUGUUGGAAAUCUUGCUAAAACAGUAACAACAGAAAUGCUCAAGAACUUCUUUUCUGAGAAGGGAAAGGUUCUUAGUGCAAAAGUUUCAAGAGUUCCAGGGACCUCAAAAUCUAGUGGAUACGGGUUUGUUACAUUCUCUUCGGAUGAGGACGUAGAAGCUGCCAUCUCAUCUUUAAAUAAUUCUUUGCUGGAAGGCCAACAAAUUCGCGUAAACAAGACCUAAUUUAGUUUGUAGCAACCUGGACAUGGAGAACAGAGUACUUUGUGUCCAUCACAUUGAAAUUUAAGGCAGUCUUUUGCUAAUUAAAUCUUUAGAAAUGUACAUUUCUCUGGUGACCAUUAUCAUAUGUUCUGUUUGUAUCCUAGUUCUGUCAUUGUUUUUGGCCAAAGUUCAUUGCUUGAAAGCAAAUUCACGCUUUAGAAAGUUGGAGCCUGAGAACUGGCUCUUAUGUUUAUAAUGAUGCUUCAAAAUGAGGUAAACUAUUCAAACUUUA